AAGUUAGCUGUAUCUUUUUAUUUUGUGAAAAAGGAACACGAGAUGUCGCGAUGUUCGCUGAUUUUUCAAUAAAUCUUCGAUUUUUCAGUAACGAGAAUGUAUGUAUAUGUCAUGCAUACAGGUGAAUAUAAAUUUCCUUUUGGGUCGACAAGAGUAACGAGCAUGGAAAGCUAUGGUCGAUGCGUAAGUACAUACAUACAUUAUACGCAAACUAUACAUUUAAAAACUGUCAAAUAUUGUAAAACAAAACUGUUCUUCGGAAAACUAUUUUUGGUUUAUUCUUUUAGAAAAUUAUCUUAGAAAAUUCGAAGUACGCGCAGAGCCGGUUUUGCAUAUAAACGUAAAAUUUAUUACUAGAUUAGAUUUGGAUUGCGUCUGUCUUCUGUCAUCCUUACGCUCCCAAUUGUACAUUGCGCACAUGUUGUGACAGUGCGCGCGCGGGCCGAGUCGCCGACUGCCCGACUUCAGUCAGACUUGAUUUCUAAGAUGGCCUGAGACGAAAGACACGACGUCUCUAUACAAGUGAACUCGACGACUUGACGGAUGUUCCUUAACAUUUCAUUUGUACCUUUUCGCACGACACCAGAAAAGCCGACGCGAGGGAGCGUACAGGUUACAAGGAGGCUGAUUUACUCGACUGAAUGAGACACCGUGACACUCGAAAAUGGAUGACGAGGUGACUGCCGAGUGCCUGACGCUAGAUUUCGGACCGUUCGAGACAGUGCACCGAUGGCAACGUAUGCCGGAAUGCGACGAGUUUGUCGGCGCCAGACGCAGCAAGCACACAAUUGUGCCGUACAAAGAUGCAAUUUAUGUAUUUGGCGGUGACAACGGCAAAAAGAUGUUGAACGAUCUGCUGCGGUUUGACGUGAAAGAGAAGUCUUGGGGCAGAGCGUUCGCCAUAGGAAUCCCACCUGCACCACGCUACCAUCACUCCGCCGUUGUUCAUGAUUCGUCAAUGUUCGUCUUUGGUGGUUAUACUGGGGAUAUACACUCUAAUUCUAAUCUGAGUAAUAAAAAUGAUCUAUUUGAGUAUCGCUUCCAGACUGGCCAGUGGAUAGAGUGGAAGUUUGUCGGGCGGACACCAGUGCCUAGGUCUGCUCAUGGUGCUGCUGUGUAUGAUAAUAAAUUAUGGAUAUUCGCAGGCUACGAUGGCAAUGCCAGACUGAAUGAUAUGUGGACAAUAUCACUAUUGCCUGGAAAUGUCCGAGUAUGGGAAGAAGUUGUGCAGAUCGGCGAGCGGCCACCGACGUGUUGCAACUUUCCGGUCGCGGUGGCCCGAGAGUCCAUGUUCGUUUUUAGCGGUCAAAGUGGAGCUAGAAUAACCAACAGUCUGUUUCAAUUCCACUUCAAGGAGAGGCGAUGGACAAGGAUAUCGACAGAACACAUACUGCGCGGUGCACCACCUCCACCCACACGGCGCUACGGUCACACGAUGAUCAGCUUCGAUCGACUUCUCUAUGUCUUUGGCGGUGCGGCUGACUCGACUCUAACGAAUGAUCUCCACUGUUAUGAUCUCGACACGCAGACGUGGAAUGUUAUAUUGCCAUCUCAAGAUAGCCAGGUACCUCCCGGUCGGCUUUUCCACGCUGCCGCCGUCAUCGGCGAAGCGAUGUUCAUUUUUGGCGGUACUAUAGACAACAACAUACGCUCAGCGGAGAUGUACCGCUUUCAGCUCUCGUCGUAUCCCAAGUGCACGUUGCGCGACGAUUUCGGCAAGCUGCUUAAUAACCGGCUAUUCAGCGACGUGGAGUUUAUAGUAGGCGAACCGGAGACCAAGAUACUGGCGCAUGUCGCUAUGGUGGCGGCACGCUCGGAAUACCUUCGGUCACGUAUUCGACAGGCGUGCGAGAAAAGGAGCAAACAUUUGGAGGAGAAAUUUGGUACAUCGGAUGUGCCCGUUAAGGAUGUGCCGCUACUGGAAGUGAGACUGAAAGACGCCGUGCCGGAAGCCUUUGAGAUGGUGCUUAAUUACAUCUAUACCGAUCGCAUCGACCCUACGAAGCGAUCGGACGGCAAGACGGAGGAUCCGCAGAGCAAUCGCAUCGUGCUUCUCAUGAUGGACGUGUACGGCCUCGCGGUGCAAUUCAACAUGGAACGCUUGGAACAGCUGUGCGUCAAUUACCUCGAGGCGACCAUCAACCACGCAAACGUUCUGGAAGCGUUGCGCAACGCCACGCACCUGAAGCUGCGCUUCAUAACGGAGUUUUGUCUCGGCUUUGUCGUCAAGGAAAACAAUUACAACCUGAUUGUGAUGAGUCAAGAAUUCGAGACGCUCGAUCGAUCGCUCAUGGUGGAGAUCAUCAGGCGACGACAGGUGCCGCCGACUAAAUCCUUCAGCAAAUAUGAGCAUGACUCCGUCACUGGAACCAGCUUGGAACAAGAUAUGGAGGCGUUCCUGAAGAGCAUCGGGCAGGAAUUUUGUGACAUCACGUUGAUGCUGAACGAUAUGCCGAUACCGGCGCACAAGGCCGUACUUGCGGCCCGCUGUAGCUACUUCGAAGCUUUAUUCCGUUCCUUCAUGCCCGCAGAUAACAGGGUGAACAUACAAAUCGGUAAUAUGGUACCGUCGCUGGAGUCAUUCCAUUCUUUACUGAGGUACAUUUACUACGCGGACAUCCUGAUGCCACCUGAAGAUUCCUUGUACUUAUUCACCGUGCCUGCAUUUUACGGUUUCACGAACAAUCGGCUGCAGGCAUUUUGUAAGCAGAAUCUCGAGACGAACAUAACUUUUGAGAAUGUCAUUGACAUUCUGGAGGCGGCUGACAAGAUACAAGCCACGGACAUGAAGAAGUAUGCUUUGAAUCUGAUAGUUCAUCAUCUUAGUAAGGUUGCGAGGCUUCCAAAAUUCAAGCGGUUGAGUCGCGAGCUCUUGCUGGACAUCAUGGAGGUAUUGGCCGACGAGCGCAGCGAGGCCAGAACGUGUCAGGAUGUGACGAACGACAACUUCUGACAAAUUUCUACCUCGGAUCGUCGCGCACGCAGCUGGAAUUCAUCGUCGCCGUGUAGCCUUCAAGAACCGUGCCGGAUUAAUUUCCUUCUCGUAGCACGAACGAUCUUGUUUGUCGAUUAUGUCGACCGCUCGGCUGACCCUUGUUUAACAUCGGACAUACACACCUUGCUGCCGUCAUCCGAUCGGUCGAUUGACGACGUGUCGUCAUCCUGCUCCGACAAUAUGGCAGCAUCGUCUCGUUACGGCGACGACAGACGGCAACAGCAGGCUGUUAUUAAUGUUCGUCGUUGCCCCGUAAAGUGCAACGUGCUGAAGCGCACCGUUAUAGCUCUAUCAGAUCUCGGGCUUAGAAAAUUAUUCCCGCAAUCGAGAUAAAAUAGAAAUCGUGUUAGAUACAGCGGCGAUAUCUAUCGCUUCAUGUCGUAGGAUUGCUCGUUACGCGACUGUAGUAAAAUUGUAUAUGUACUGGAGUUACUGGAAAAUACAUUGAUUGUAAUAUUAAUGAGACUGCGUAGCGUUCGUUUCGUGUAAUGACACGUUACGAACAUCGUGCGGCACGCGAUGAUACGCGGGACGCGGAGAAAAGUACAGUUCUCCGUGAGUAAGUGUAUUAAUGUCCAUUCAGACACAUCGCGCGUGUCGUUUUAAUAAGUAAACGUGAUUGAAUUUUAUAGAUUUUCUUUUUUUAGCAUUUGACUAUGAUAUUGACGAAGUACCAUCGAGUUCCCCCCGUGAAAGUGGAAUUCUCGUGGGUUGUCUUGCAAUUUGGCAAAUGCGAAACAAUCGAUUUGAAUAUCUCAACAUUUGGUCCAUGAUUGUAUUGUUAAUUUUAUAAUUUAUCGGUUAUUCCGAUAUAUGUACGUGUGUUUCGUGGCGCAUAUAACGAACAAACGAUAUAAAUUGCCGUGAGAUUGUCGGUCUUCAAUAAUUCUCACCGAUGGCCGCAAUAAAUCCACGUUUUUACGUUUUCCAUUCUAAAUGUUAAACCCGGUGAGUACAUGAAAUGUAUGCUAAAAAACAUAGAUGCUUAACUGCCGUUUCUUUUUUUGUAAUUGUACAUAGUAAUAAUUAUGACUUUAGCUGCCUACUCCCCACGGGAUGACGUGUGAAUAGCGCUGUUUUUACCUUAUUUAUGCGGGAGAUAGAAAUGAUCGACGAAAGCGAAUGUUGCGCGCAUGUUAUUUAAUAUAAAUAUAUUUUCGAGAUACCUUACGCGCAAGUGGAUAGAGUCAUUGAUAUAUAUAGUUAUUUAUUAUUAUAAUAAAUAUAAAUAUGUGAAGGUACGAACACCAAUUAAAUCUGAAUUACAUGGCAGUGUGAAUCAAAUAACGAAGCUGCAGAGAUUAUUUAUAUUUUCACCAAGUAUAUAAUGUAAUAAAUAAAAUUAAGCUGCACA